UAAGUAAGCGUAUACUUAGGCAAUAUGUACGAUCAUAUUUUUAUUAUUGGCAUUAUGCAGUGACGCGUAGAUACACAAAUAAAUACCACUCCACCAAAGAAAAUUUUACAACUAAAAUUGGAGAUAUUCAGUCUGAAAAUUUAAUUCAUUUAAAUAAAUGAAAGUGAAAUACAGAGUUCAUCAUGCAUUUUGUGGCACAAAUAUCAUGGAUUGUGAUCUUAUCGUGUCAAAUAAUAUCGGUGAUCUCGAGAAUGGUCGGAAUCAGGGUGAUUGAACAUCCAGGAAAUAUCAUCGUUUAUUCGGCGGGAUGUGUGGGUACACUACCGGAAAAUUUUACUCUAAGCGUCAAUCAAACGGCGGCAAUUUUGGGGCGGGAGGGCUCGCCAUUUUGGUCGAAUUUCACAACCCAACCCUGUCAUUAUAUCAACCCUCCAAUGAAACGGUUCAAUUUGACCGUAGUCUUUACACAAUUUGACAUUAAGUGUUCGGCAAUUGGACAGAUUGUGGCGGCCUUAAAUUCGAAAUACGACGCGGUAAUACUUACCGAGCGAAGGAGGAGGGGGCAAGAUGAGAAUAAAAAGUAUGGUGACAAUCAUAGCGUUGGAUACCCUUGGACGUAUGAAAUUUAUCCAUGCAUACUUUCCAACAAAGAUGGUGACGCAAUUACGGAAAUAAUAAGAAGCCACAACGCAAGUGAUAAAAUAUAAACGGUUCGUUUCGAGGAUACAAUUCCGUCCAAUAUUUUUGAUAGGUUGUUCGACUGGGUGGGAUUAACGGGGGGAAUUUGCAUCCUCGUUGUGGCCGGUGUGAUUGCCUUUCUUCUGGCCUUGUACCUUUUGGCGUGUCUAAGUCCCAUUUUGUUCUGGGUAUGAAUACAUAAGCUGAUUAAUGCAAAUGAUAUGCAUGUAAACUCUUAAAACCAAUGUCACAAUUUUGAAAAUAUGUACACCCUUAAUUUUAUAUGAAGUAAACUAUCCUAAUCUUAAAUCCCGCGUACAAUUUACGCUUUAUUAUUUUACGAACAAUUAAUAUGCAAUUCAGAUUGCAGAUUCAGAUGCUUUUCAAAAUGUGACAUUAUUUUUAAGAGUGUAUGUACAUAAAUAUAUAAAAUGUAGAUUCUUUGACAUAUUUCUAUGUAUCUUAUUUAGCUUCUGAAAGUUCUUAUGCAAUGUGUUAUCGCGGUGAGUAUGUAAACUGAUAUUUUAGAAGUUAAGUUAAAUCUGCAAGUGUGAAUUCCCAUUUUGUGCUGGGUAUGAAUAAGCCGACUAUUUACAUAAACACAGUUAAUAUGUAUACAUGUACACUCUUAAAAACAAUGUUAGAGUUUUGAAAGUUAGUACACUUUUAAUUUGAUACAUAUAUGAAGUAAACUAUGCUAAAUCUCGCGUACAAUUUUCACUAUAUUAUGGGUUUAUGUAUGUAAGUAGUAUGGUUUACAAACAUUUGUAUUUAUUUUUCAAAAUGUGGCAUUUUUAAGAGUGUACAUAAAUAUAUCAAAUGCAGAUUCCUUUGACAUAUUUUGAUUAUUUUAUCUGAUUUAGAUUCUGGAAGUUCUUAUGCGCUGUGUUAUCGAGAUUUUGGGAUUCAUUGUGUAUUCACCAGUAUGGGUCUUCAAGAUGGGGGUUGCGACAUCCGCGAAGGUCCUUCAACAGAUGAGAAAAGGAUGUGCAAGUAUUUCAACGACGUGCACUUGCCGAUGGAGGAAACUGCGUAUCGUGAUAAGUCAAAGUGACCCUCAAAAAACGUGCAGCAUUUGUCUGGAGGAUUGCACAGUUCGAGAUAGAAAUGCUAUGGUUUUGGAAUGCAGACAUAAACAUCACAAUUCAAAACCAGUCGAAUUUACAAAUCCAUAAGGGAGUAUCCUUAAAAUGGCUCGAUUGAUGGACAGAAUGGUCUCACUAAUGGGGAUCAGAACACCUGAUCGAGAUCCCAAAUCAACCCUAAUAUACACCUCCUGCAUUGGCCACGGUGCGUACGGACUCGUCUUCGAAGCUACUGAUAGAACAACUACGUCUUCCAGCGCCGUCAAGUUUCUCUUCCCAGAUUCCGAGGGCGACGCUGGCGCAGAAAAUGAGCAGCGGAUUAUGCGUGAGUGCCGCAUCACAGAAAACCUUGCACAGCAUGAGAAUGUGGUGAGAGUAUUAAAAGUUACCGAGAAGCAGUUUACUUUAGCAGACCUGAAUCAACUCCUCCCAGAAAGGUUAUGCAAUACUAAACAAAACAAGUUCAGAGCGGAACAUGCAUACAGGUUGACGAAAGUAAAAGCCAUACGGGGGAUUUCAAUACAAAUGGAACUUUGUGGAGAGAAUUUAAGAAAAUGGUUGAAAAUACAAAUCAGUGUGCCAGAUGUUAAUCUUCACUUAAAACAAUUUACCAUUAUUCAAAACAUCAUAGCUGGAUUGACACAUUUGCAUGAUAACAUGAUUAUUCAUCGAGAUUUGAAGCCGGAAAACAUCAUGUUUACAAAAGUUGGAUUCACACUUCCGGUCAAACUCGGGGACUUUGGUCAGUGUCGGAACCUUAAUCGUGACGAAAGUCAAGAUAGUACUCUCACCAGUCGUGCUGGGACUUUAGACUACAUGGCCCCUGAAUCAUUUACGAGACGGUACAGUUUUCCGGCUGAUAUUUACUCCUUGGGCUUAGUAAUCUGGGAGAUUGUUCAGCUCUUAAAGUUCAACGAGAAGAAAAACUUAUUUGACAGGCUUGUCAACGACAAGGAGGAAUGGCUGGUAAAAUUACCUCCAGAGAUUAAUGGGGUACGGGGCUUGAUUAUUGCCCUAUCCAAAAAGAAGGUCAACGACAGGCUUAAGACUAUGACGCAAGUAAAUGAGUUUAUUUUAGAUUCGAACUUUGGCGUGAAUAUCAUUGCCAAAAAUGAUGAGGAACUGCGUUCAUUUUUGCGGUAUGCGGUACCUAGGUCAAAGGCCACAUUGACUGCAAAAGUGUAUCGUGGUAACUUUCUCAUACAAGGACAAUUCAUCACAAUUGUUGGCCAAGGUGACACUUUCAUUGUUGGUGACGAAGAUCGUGCAAACUGUAUCGCCGUUGAGGGAUUUGGUCAUACGCUUAAGAACCUUAAAAUUCUACACCCCAGACAACAUUGGAACACUAAUUGCUUGACAGUGACCGGAGAUGGGCACUCGUUUUGCGAACUGACAAUAUCCGGAAGAAAUUGCAUUUUGGUAUCGGGUGGAGACCACAAAUUCGAAAAGAUGAAAUUGUCAAACUCCGAGUCUGGAAUUAGUGUUAUCGGGGGAUCCCGAAUCAGUAUAAAUAAUAUACAGCUUGAGAGUAUUAAAGGUUAUGGAAUUCAUAUUUCUGAGUCCUCAAAAUUCAACAUUGUUUCGAACGUGACAGGAAAUAAUGUGUAUUGUGCAAUUAUCUGUUCAGGCAGCAACAAUAGGUUAUCCAAAAUCAGGUUGGAAAGCAACACCAAAAAUGAAGGUAGGGCAUAUGGAGUGAUAUUAGAGAAAGGCGAGUUUAACCAUGUUGAAUAUCUCAUCUGGUCAGAUUCAUUAAAUCCUUUGUCUUCUAACUUGAACAUUGCAUCACACAAGUCCUCCGCCAAAAAUUGCAAAUGUGGGUCAGUUUGCGUAGGGGGGAACGAUGUAACUCUAGAAAACAUAGAUGGCGGCGAAGAAAUUAAUAUCCAUGAAAAAUCACUUGGCUCACGAUUAGUAAACUGCCGGGCUAGGUUUCUUUUCGCAAAUGAUGAUGUAACCUUCAUAAAUUCCGUGUUUGGAAAGGAAGUUAUGAGUAGUUUGAGGCAUUAGUUAGUUUCUACGAGUAAAUGAACGAAUCCAAUAACUGUUGUUUUAUUAGAUGCAACAUUUUAAUACAGAAAGACGCAAUGUUGUAUGUUAAUAUGAAUGUGUGAAAUAAAAUGUGUUCAGAAUGUU